CCCAAAAUAACCGGCCAGCGACAUGCUGACAAAUGUUGCUACUUUUACUGGUGACAAGUUGCCUCUGCCACUUGCCGCCAUAUUUCCUGUAAACUCCAAGGUUAGUUCUCAGCAAAGGGAAACGCCAGGGAGAAAAACACAGCAAAGAGAGGUGCGGAACCCAUUCCCCGUCGGCCGUGUCCCCCGGCAGGCCUGGAGGAGUGACCCCCCCCACCCCGGAGGGGCGCUUCGGAGCUCAGCUGAAGGAUGCAAGACAACAGCCUGGAAUCUUCCGGUUCGUCACCUCGGCUUGGUCGAGAGAGCUACCUGGCAGAGUCAAGAGUCCAGCAGAGGCACCGCGAGAUGAAUCAUUCAGAUGGAGCUCAGCACCUCCUCUAUGGGAGGUCUGAAGACGUGGGGGGGCAGGAUCAAUUCCCAGACCUCUCAGCUUUCCUGAGUCAAGAAGAAUUGGAUAAAAGUGUUAAUCUGGCACAGCAAGCCAUCAGUCAAAGUCCUCAAGAAGAGCGAGCUGAGGAGAAGGUGCCUUUGGUGAACUCCUCAAAGGUAUCAGCUUCCUCUGAGAAGAAGGGAACAUCAGAGACUGCACCACCAGAAAGGCAGGUCCUCCACACAGCUGCCCGAGAAAAUGACAUCAUAAGGAAUAAUAGGACCCAAAAGGAGCCCAUUCAGGAUGUCCGAAAACCGGCCCGCAACACCCCGUAUGGACCGGAAGCUCAGUCCAAGAAGGAGUUUCUGAAUAAGGCAGCUGACUUCAUAGAAGAAUUGUCAUCGCUUUUUAAGGCUAAUAGCUCCAAGAGGAUCAGGCCGAGGGCUUGCAAGGCGCAUCGGAGCAGGUACCAGACUAAGGCCCAGCCAGACGAGGUGGCCUUCGCUUUCACUGCGGAAGACAGGGAGAGACCUGUGUCCACUUACGCCGGCCAGCCAGCUGUACAGGUGUCUCCCCUGGAGGUGGCAGCAGUGAGUCUUAGUCAACAUGACACUCAGCAAGAUCAGUGUGAUGCUGGACUACCAAAGAGCAAUGCAAGUAUGUCUGUGCCAUCGCUGCCGCAGAAGACUGAGGAGUCUAUCAUGGACCCACCUCAGUUCCUGCAGAAGCUGAAGAGCAGGGAGGUUCCUGAGGGCAGCAAAGUGCAACUGGACUGCAUCGUGAGGGGAUGUCCGACCCCCGAAGUCAGGUGGUUCUGCGAGGGCAAGGAACUUGAGAGCAGCCCAGACAUCCAGAUCUCAAUUGACGGCGAGCUGCACUCCCUCAUCAUCACAGAGGCCUUUGAGGAGGACACGGGCCGCUACUCCUGCUUCGCCUCCAACAUCUACGGCACCGACUCCACGUCGGCAGAGAUCUACAUAGAAGGGGCAUCGUCUUCUGACUCAGACGGGGAUCACCGCCCUGAGCACGCCGCACAGCCACAGAGAAAGCCAUCGCAGUCCGUACCAGCAGCACCCCCGCCCUCCAGGGCCCCCCCAGCUCCUGAGGAAGACCCCCCCUCCGUCACACCACCCACCCCCCCCUUCACUGUGCAGUCGCCUGUGCAGGACGUCUCCAGCUCCCCACCAGCACAGAUGGUGAACCCCCCGACUCCUUUACAGGAGGUAAAUGAAAACGCCGUUAGCUACCCACAAAGUCUGGACGGAAUGGUUCUAAUGAGCGCUCCUGUCUUUACGAAGAACCUGCAGGACAUCGUUGCCUUCGAGGGCCAGCUGGUGGUGCUGGAAUGCCGUGUGAAGGGGGUUCCCUCCCCCCAUGUGGAGUGGUACAGAGAAGGGACCACGGUGGACGACUCCCCCGAUUUCAGGAUCCUCCAGAAGAAGCCGAGGUUCAUGGCCGAAUCAGAGGAGAUAUGCACCCUGGUAAUAGCUGAAGUCUUCCCGGAAGAUUCUGGAACAUUCACCUGCACGGCAAAAAACAAAUACGGCUCAGUGUCGAGUGUCGCUUACCUGCAGGUGAAGGGUUAUGAAGACGGUGGCGGCAAAGACAGAGUCACUGUGCUGGCAGAAUCCGCUCAGCGUGUCAGAACCGGACCCAUAUCUGCAGAUUCCAGCAGCCUGAAGGUCCCUGCAGAUGUAGCUCUGAUGGGUCACAGCUCUGCGAGGGAUGAUGCUCUUACCUUCAGCACGAUGGCCGUCACUGAAGGGACUGUUAUUAAUCAAAAUGAGCCACACCCAGCAAUCGGCAGCACCGACCCUUUUACUUUAAGCUUAAACUCAAGGUUGGAGGAUGGGAAUGUCAAUCAUAGCAAGCCCCUCCCCAGAUUGGAGGACAUGAAUGUUAAUCAUAACAAGCCCCUCCCCCGAUUGGAGGAUAUGAAUGUCAAUCAUAACAAGCCCCUCCCCAAGUUGGAGGACAUGAAUGUCAAUCAUAACAAGCCCCUCCCCUGGCUGGAAGGCUCCCAUACCCAUCAUAACGAGCUCCUCCCCAGGGCUGAGGGGGGGCUUCUUCACCACCACGACUCGCCAUCCAGCUUCCUCUCGCCAGACGUCUUCAGUCAGCACACCCUGGCCCGUCCCGGCGAGCCCUUCUGCAAAAGCCUCCCACCCAGCUCUGUGGCUCUGGGCCUGAAGGCCAGGGCGGAUGAAGCCCAGGGCAGCCAGGGACCACCCCGGCCGAGCGUCAGCCCCCCGGAGGCCGCCGCCGGCCCGAAGCCCAGACCACAGGCAGCCCCGACUGACCAGGCUGAACCCUGGCUCCCCCCCUCGGCUGCAGACGCCCCCAGCUCCUGCCUGAAGCCCCGGCUGCUGAACCAGAGCGAGUCGCGCACCAACUCGCGCACGGGCCUGCGAGUGCACUUCAAGCUGCCCGAGGACGAGCCGGACAGCCCCCCCCCAGAGGACCCCCUUCCUUCCCCAGAGGCGCCUGCAGACUCCUCGCCGACGACGCCUCGCAAAGAGCCCCCUGCGGUGCGGGCCAAGCCUAGACUGGACCCUGCCCAGCUUCAGAUCCUCCAUAACCAGGUUCUCCUCGAGCAAAAGCAGGACUCGGCCCCUCCGAGCGUCCCCGAUCCCGCACCCUGUUCUCCCCCCUCCCACCAUGAGCCUCGGCACGGCCCCGUGAACCUUCCCAUCACCCAGGCGCCUGUGGCCCCCGGAGCCCCCCCCAGUGGAGCAAACAUGGCACAAGGCUUCAGCUACACCAGGCCCAAGGAGUUCAUUGCCGCCCAGACGCAGUCCCCGUCCCGGAGUCUGUGCACCACUGACUCCCCUGUGCCCAUGCUCAAUGCCCUGGCUGCACAGAUCCAGCAGAAACUGCCUGUGAAUUCCGGGCUCCCGCCUUUCUCCCCGACACCCAAUCAGCACGCAAUGUUCCCAAGGCAGUUUCCCACCCGGGUCCUGCAGCCCCCGUCCAGCCCACCAACGUUCCUACCCUCCCCUGUCCACAAGCCCCCCGCCCCAGCCAUACGCGCCCAGUCUCCCCCCCAGGUGUCCUCGCCUACCUCAAGCUGCUCCAGUCCCAGCCCCAUCCAGGACCCCGUGGCCUUCCUCAGCUCUGUGCUGCCCUCGCUGCCCACGUCCCCCCCCACCAAUGAGAUGGGGCUACCCAAGAGCGCCCCUGUCCUGUCACCUCAGGGCCUGGUGCGGAAGCUGUCCAGACCAGCUCACCCUGUGUCAGAUGACGACAUCCGCGACGGCAAAGAGACCGUGAUGAACGACCUGGAGAGGAAGCUGCGACUGCGGGAGCAACAUGGUCGAAAUGGGCAGCAGAGGCUGACUUAUGAAGGGAAAGCCAGACUGCUUGGACCAAACAAUCCUGCAGCUGUCAUUAACUAUGACGAGGAGUACAAGGUAUCCAACUUUGAACAGAGGCUCAUGAGUGAGAUCGAGUUCCGGCUAGAGCGAACGCCCGUCGAAGAGUCUGAUGACGAGGUCCAUCACGACGAGAUCCCCACAGGCAAGUGCAUUGCCCCCAUAUUCGACAAGAAGCUGAAGAACUUCCGGGCUAUGGAGGGCGUCCCGGUGGCGUUCACCUGCAAAGUCGUGGGGAUCCCCAUUCCGAAGGUCUAUUGGUUUAAGGAUGGAAAACAGAUAUUAAAGAAAAAUGAACACUAUAAGAGAGUGAGAGAGGGCGAUGGCACCUGUUCGUUGCAAAUUGAGGCUGUCACCAGUGAUGACGAUGGCAACUACACAGUUAUGGCUGCUAACCCCCAGGGGAGGAGCAGUUGUUCUGGUCACCUGAUUGUUCAGACUGGUCCAGUCCGGCGUCGACUCACACCGAUGAUUCAUACUCAAAGAGUUAAUUCCCGAUCACAAGAAGUCGAGGAAGGUGAGCCCAUACAAGAGAGGUUUUUUCAGCCUCACUUCCUGCAAGUCCCUGGCGACAUGAUGGCUCAUGAAGGGAAACUCUGCAGGCUGGAUUGCAAGGUGAGUGGGUUACCAAACCCAGAGCUGAUAUGGCUUCGCAAUGGGCGACCGAUGGUGCCAGAUCUGAGGCACAGGAUGCUAGUUCGGGAGAACGGGGUCCAUUCACUGCUCAUCGACCCGCUGACGAAGGGCGACGCCGGCACCUUCACCUGCAUUGCCACCAACAAGGCAGGACAGAAUUCCUUCUCUCUGGAAUUAACCGUUAUGGAGAAGGAAGUGAGGAAGGUCCCCAUGUUCUUGGAGAGGUUCCAGAACAUCGGCAUUGCUGAGGGGAUGCCGGUCAGACUGGAGUGCAGGGUGGCGGGCAUGCCCCCCCCCGUCAUUUACUGGAAGAAGGAUAACGAAAGCAUCCCCCCUAACAGGGAGAGGAUGAGCAUGCACCAGGAUGCCACAGGAUAUGUUUGCCUGCUGAUUCAGCCAACCAGGAAAGAGGAUGCUGGUUGGUACACGGUAUCAGCUAAAAAUGAAGCAGGGAUAGGCUCGUGCACAGCCAGGCUAGACAUAUAUGCCCAGUGGCACCAGCAGAUCCCGCCCCCCAUGAGGAAAGCCCGCCCCCCGAGUAGCCGCUACGCCGCCCUGGUUGGCCAGGGCCUUGACGUCAUGUCCGCCUUCCCCAACGCAGACAACAGCCCCAUCCUGUUCUCCAGCUCGCCCGUGGAAGCGGCCCUGGAGAGUGAGGAGCUGUAGAAGGCCAGACAGCAGGAGGUCCCUGUAAUCUGCAGCUCCUCUGACCCCCCCUCAAUCCAAUCUGCCCCCCCCCAUCCUGGCCUACAUCUUGGUAAAAGCAUAUGCAGCAUCAUUGCCAGAAGGGCUGUGUGUUAAAUAUUUUGUUGUUGUUUCUUCCACUCUCUCCUACCCUGGGACCCUGAGUUAUUAAUCAUCAGUAGCUGAGCCGAAUCUGCACCUUUCUGACUGAAGAAGCAUUUAAUGUUCACAGUGGGGCACAUUUUUCAGAUCAAAUGAAAUCUUUACAUACAUCAAAUGGUGCACAUUUCGCUCUUGAUAAAUCAGGCCCAGGGUUCAACAAGUGAAAUGGUUCCCUGUUCAUUCUCUGUCCACUUUCUCUGAUUUUGUGGCUAUAAUGGUUUUUAUCUUGCUUUUACAGCUUAAGUUCUUUACAAGAUUUUUGUUUUGUCUAGUUAACGGUAGAAAUGUGUCCUAACAGUUACUGAUAGCAGCAAGCAAAGUACACAAAACUCUAGCUAUAUUAAUCUUAUCUGUGAGAUUAGGCUUGCCACUCAAAAUGCUGCAAACAUCAUUAAAUCUAUUUUAUUUACGGAGUGGAUUAAAAAUCAUGUGAAGGUGUUACCAUAUUAAAAUAUUAAAAGAUUAAGUCAAUUAUACUUAGAAUACUGACCCAGUUUUACUUAGAAUACUGAUUCAGUUACACUUAGAAUAUUGACUCAAGUAUACUUAAAAUACUGACUCGGUUUUAUUAGAAUAUUGACUCACUUGGAAUAUUGACUCAGUUAUACUCAGAAUACUGACUCAGUUAUACUCAGAAUACUGACUCAGUUAUACUC